CCCUCAAACCACAAAUUACUUCAUUUUCCUUUUGUCCCUAAGUCCUUCCCUUCACCAACCACCUUGUUCCUACCAUUUCUUUCCUCCGUGCCCUUUUCCUUCCCCAAACGCCCCUCUGCCUCAGUCCCUAUGGCCUUUUCCUUUUUUCUCCCCCUUCCUCCCCUCUGCGGCUUCUUUCUCUGGCGACGACGGUGCCCCCGUGCGACGCGAGAGAAGUCCUCGAGGAGGAGGAGUUUUUCUGUGGUGGUGGGUGUUUAGGGGACACAGGCAUCAGAGCCCCGAUGCGCUUCGAUCGAGCCAGGGGCUCUGACCCAAGAGCGAAGCUCUUCUCUCAGGACGAGGAGCGAAGAAGCGGGCCGUGGGGGGCCGCCUCUCCACGGCGCGCCUUUUCCUCCUCUCCACAUGCUGCUAGCAACAACAGGUGCUUUCCUGGUGCCAUUUUUCAUUAGCAUCGUCCUCUGCGGUGUGCCCUUAUUUGUUAUGGAAGUGUCGAUCGGACAGUACUUGAACACGGGAGGCAUCGGCAUCUGGAACCUGGUGCCCAUGUUCAAAGGUGUGGGGUUCGCAUCGAUGACCAUGAUCGGGCUGAGCAACAUCUACUACAUCGUACUCAUCGCCUACACCCUGUACUACCUGGUUGCCUCGUUCCACAGCCCGCUGCCCUGGGAGCAGUGCGGCAAUGAAUGGAAUACCGAGCGCUGCCUCGGCAUCCGCGAAAACAUCUCCAGCCUCGCCCCGCGGAACCUCACGGCUGCCCAGGCUGUCUCGUCCGUCAAGGAGUACUGGGAGAACAAUGUGCUGGGCAUCACUAAUGGCUUGGAGGAAGUUGGUUCUCUGCGGCCUGAACUUGCCCUCUACCUUCUCUUGGCAUGGUUCCUUGUGUACAUAGUUAUUUGGAGAGGACUCCAUCAGAGUGGCAAGAUUAUUUGGUGCACAGCACUCUUUCCCUAUCUAAUUCUCUUCAUCCUGUUCAUCCGUGGAGUCACAUUGGAGGGUGCCUCUGAAGGGCUACUAUACUACCUGCGACCCGAUUGGAGCAAGCUCAGAGAUCCGAGGGUGUGGAUUGCGGCUGGGACACAGGUGUUGUUCUCAUACGGCAUCGGCAUUGGUGCCAAUGUUGCACUGGGUAGCUACAACAAGUACAACCACAACUUUUACAGGGAUUCCAUGAUCGUGUGCACCAUUUGCAGUGGAACAAGUCUUUUUGCUGGUCUGGUCAUAUUCUCAGUUCUAGGUCACAUGGCCCACAUACAAGACAAGGAUGUCUCUGAGGUGGCACGAUCAGGACCUGGCCUUGCGUUCCUGGCCUACCCCGAGAUGGUGGUGCAGUUACCUUUUGCGCCAGUCUGGGCAGUACUCUUCUUCCUCAUGCUCAUCGUUCUGGGCAUUGACAGCCAGUUCUGCACCGUUGAGGCACUCGUCACUGGACUGGUGGAUGAGUUUGCCUCUACGCUGAGACCGUACCGCCGCCUGUUCACUUUGAGCGUCGUCGUCGUCCAAUUCCUCCUGGGGCUACCCCUGGUUACUCAGGGAGGCAUGUACAUCUUCCAGCUGAUGGACUUCUUCUCGGCUAGCGGUGUCUCACUGCUGACUGUUGUCCUCUUCGAGAUUAUCGGCUUUGCCUGGAUAUAUGGUGCAAAAAGGAUCUACGCCAACAUCAAGGACAUGAUAGGCAUCACGCCAAACAAGUACUUCUUCCUCUGUUGGCUUUUUGCUGCUCCCUGUGUGAUUGUGGGAAUGCUGGUGUUCUACAUAGCCGUGCCUGAGCCAGUGACAUACUCAGACCACUACGUCUAUCCCUGGUGGGGCGAGAUGAUUGGCUGGGGCAUGGCUCUUGCUUCCAUCAUCUGGAUUCCUACCUAUGCCAUUUACUACCUCUGGAACAGCUCAGGAACCCUCCUAGAGCGCAUCAAGAAAGGCGUGACCCCUCAAGUCGUGCCACGCAAGGUACAGGAGGGCAGUCCAACCUCCGACGAAAGCCUGGCCUUAGAGCCGCCUACCAACAUAGUACGAGUGCUGCUCCAAGAAAAGUCCUGAUCACUGUCACCGCAAUCACCACCGCUCGGUCUGAACUUCAGUUGACUUGUUUUGCGGCAACCCAGCGUGCAGCACGCGGGGUCGAAUGCCGGUUUGGCGAAACUUGACGGUGCUCGUUUCUCUGCCUGUUGGUUCGGCGAGAACACGCUGUCUCUCUCUAUCUCCCCACAUUAUCCUGUUUCACUAUCUUAAUUUAUCCUGUUUCAUCUUCGCCAAACAUGUGCAAGGGAUACAAAAUGCCGGUUCGCGGCCUGUCUGUCCUUUCACUGAAGCGGCACACGCAUGCUUCCAGUAAGGGCCGCUCCUGCCUGGGAUGCAGCGAAAAACGUUUACAUCAACGGCUGCUGUAGGCAAUGUCAGCUGACUGUCAUUGACAGUUGUAGGAUAUAACUUGUCUCAUGGUUAGUGUGUAGGCGUAGGACACUUGUCAUUUCUGUCACAGUUAGUGUUGUGUGAUAGAAGGCAGUGGAAAGAGUUCGGUUGGUAGAAUCAAAAGAAAUUGGCAACCUUCCAUGGCAGUAACAACUACAAGUUGUUUCCUUGUGUGAAUAUUCAUGGCAAAGACUAAUGGUAAAUGGCAACAACUGAUCAUCACAGCAAAGGUGAUAGCAGUUUGUGAACAUGCUUCAUUAAAGUUAAACAUUAAGGUGCAUUUGCCCUUUCCCAGUUUUGUUAUGUGCCAUGACUUUGAAACAAUGUUCGUCUUCCAUUUAAAUGAGCAUGAGAGAGAAAAAAUUUCUGACAACAUUUAAAGGAGCUAGGGCAUGGCAUGAAUUCGUUUAUGUCCAGUUGAACAAUAUGUAAACAAGAAUCCUCCUGCCCAGUCAUUAUGUGUUUGCAGUUCUUAACGGGCUGUGGAUACUUAUAGCGGAUAAGAAAACUACCACAAUGUUUAGGUGACCUAGUUUUCAUCAUAAGAGUUGUGGAUUGCUCUGGACUUCCAGUUGAGAAUGUGAUAAUCCAACAUUGACAAGAUCAUGUUGGAUAGACAGCGCAUUAUAUGUGCUUGCAUCUGAUAGGGCAAGGUGUGACAGUUGUUGCAGUGUAUUUGAUGCUUGACAUCAUUCAGGCAUGAAACACUGAUAAAAGAGCUCAGAAAAAGUUGUCAUUGUUCGAGCAUUUACUUUAGUUUUCUUGGAAAGGUGGUUGAAGGAGAGGGCUGCAUUCCACUCGUAGGCAAAGCAUGACCUAGCAUUUGGGGCAUUGUUUUAGUUGGAUAAUUUUUAAAUGUGCCAUUUUGUAUUUUUCCUUUCUCUUAUGUAAAAAUGAAACAUAUUUUCACAAUUUCCCGAGGUUCAAGGAAGUGUUCCAAUCAUCAAACCUUUAUUUUCUUUUAACAUUUCUUGUUGUCAAGAUGCAGGACAUCAUAACUUUGUCCAAACACCCUGAGAUGCUGACUUUAUCUGUCAUUCCUUAAGUAAAUUUCCACAGCUGCCCAGUAUAGACAUCAAUGAGAACAUGUUAGGUGAUGCCUUUAUGUCUUAUCCCUCAUAAAGCAGUGGCAAUAACAAAAAAAAAAAGGCUAAAAUUUAGGCAUUAUUAAACUUGUAGAUGAUGUACACUCUUGCUGACAUACUCAUGAACUUUCUGUCAGCAAUAAAAUUGUCCUGCAUCAUUUCAAGAUCAUGCGUAGUGAAACCAACAGUGCAUCAUUUCACUGCAUUGCUCAAACUGUUGAAGCAAACUGAUGUGAUAAACUUGGAUAUUCUGUCAGACUCGUGUUAGUGGUGAAGUGUAAUUACUGGACUUGUACACUGUGUUACUGGUGUCCUGCAGAGGGUGUGUGUAUAUAGGGUGUAAAUAACAUGGCAUACAUGCAAUGCCAAGACUGUUCCACCUGUUUGUGAAACGAGCAUGUUUAAGUGCAUGAAUAUGUAAAGACAGCAUGGCGCAUUUUUGUUGGUGCUGAAUAUAGUACGCAUUCUGUUAAUGAGAGGUGAAAACAUGCUUUACACUUUGUACUUUCGUUGGUCCUAUUGCCAUUGGUGCAUGCAUGUCAGCACAGCAAUGCAGUAAAACUAGCACGAGUACACAUACGUGAUGUGACAGAUUCAUUACAUGUUUGCGUGGUGCAAUUCAACAAAUUGAUUCACUGUCAAGGACGUCCUCACCAGAUGAAAUUCUGCUUCCAGCACUGUAUGUGUUAACCUGCAAUGUGUGCACUUGUGGUAUGUUCACAUAAUCUUGCGGGCUAAAUAAUGUCAAGGAGCACAUGUUUUGUCAGCAGCAAAAUAGUUUGCAAAGACAGAAAACACAGCAUUUACCUGAAGCAAAACUUUCGCAUUAACGUUUGUUAGCAGCAUAGGGCAGCAUAAUAAAAAAAUAAAGAUCACUUCUGAAUCCAUUGCAAAACAAACUGUAUGCUUCCUCUCUUAUCUAGUUGCUGAUUGAUGUUAGAAAACCUAUGGUCCUGCAGCUGAGCACAAGGUCUUGGGAUCGAUUCUCGUUUGUGGUGGCUGCAUUCCAACGAGGACACAUAGCAAAAACACUCCUGCACUAAAAUCUAAGUGCACAUUAAAGAACCCCAGGUGGUUGAAAUUAAGUGGAGCAAGGUACCAAUAUGCCUAUGCAAACAAGGCUGUACUGCUUUCAGCGUAAGAAUGCUCAAUCUUUCUUACUGUGGUAACUUAGUGCAGACAGACACAAACAAAUGACAGGCAAAGACGAGUAUUUCUUGCAUCUGUCUGCCACUUUGCAUCAAGUUACUGCAGUCAGAAUGCAAGGUCAACUAGCCUUUUAGAGGGCUCAGGCGACCCUCACAUCGCAAGUGUUGCUUAAUUUGAAACGUUCAACCGCAUAAUUUCACUUGAUUCAAUUUGCAAAGAAGCGUGGCACCCACUAGUCUCUGCUCUUGCAGGAUUCCAAGACAAAAACAUGAUUGGGUGAUUGGUCAUUAUAAUGAGUGGUGCCUGAAGAGUGGAAUCCCGUGGGCAAUAAAGCAUCUAGCGCCUUUGUGAACAGGUGGAGUCCUUCUGUCAGAUUUUUUCUCUGUCCUCAGUUUUUUGCUGCUCAUCGGAGGGCAACAAUAGUGAGCUGAUACGAUAACAAACAUGGGUCAGGUUAAUGUACCGAUUCCAUUCCAUUUCCAGAUUUAUAAAAAAAUUUUUUUUUUUUGCACUUCGUCAGUGGUUCGAGUGCUGCAAUGACUCUGUUACUACCAGGGUCAGCCUACUUGUGACAGUAGACUGUAAGAAAGGAAUGAAAUAGAGUGAAAGGAAUCCUCACAUUAUAUACUGCCCACGGCUGACACAGUGCAAAUUGUCUUUGUACUUCUCUCGUCAAUAUCACUGCUUUUAUAUAAGUUUCAGAGGUCUGUUCUAAGUUUACAAACCAGUGCAAUUGAUUUUGAGUUUCAGCCUCUUUUAUGCAUGUGCAUUUAACCCUGCACUGCCAAAUUCAUGCAUUGGAACAUGUCUGUGAAUGCGCUACAUUCAGCGAGUUGGCUCCACAUGUUGUACGUCUGCUGUUGGAUUUGUACAUGUUGCCGACACUGAAAGCUCUCGAAACUUCCAUCUUGAAUUUAUUUUCUUGACAGGAAUCACUGCUUUUUAUGCUCUCUUCUUUUGCUUUUGUAAAUGUUUUGUCAAAGAGCAAGACAUCACUCAAGUGGAUUUCAAGGAAUUCCUGUGCGUUGAAUUCACUUUCAUGAAGCAUUUAUAGCAAACGAAAGUGCUUUAUACAGCAGUGCACAAACAUGUUCGCGGCACAUGUAUUGUGCAUUCUCACUAAAUUAUUCAUUUCUUCACAAUGUUUGUGCGCAUGGAAGCACAUUACUUCCCUUCUGUGAAUUUGCCAGUAAGAUCUGUAUUUUUACAUGACUUGGAAAUCUGCCUUUGUCGUCUUGUAUUUGACAAUACCAUGUGGGCCUAAAGCGUUUCUGGUAAAGCACUUAAAAAAAAAAGACAUUUUCAUCAAUGCACACUAUGUUGAAAUUCAAGUUGAAAUUCCUUUGCAUGAACUGUUACAAUACUAGCUGUAGCAGCAAUUGAGUAAUCUGCUCCAACAAGCAUACUGACACUUGAACGAAGUACUUGCUUCAGCAAUCUGUAAAGCCCCAAAGGGGCACCAUGUAUAUAUGGCAUCUGUACAUAUGUCACAUGUGUGCUUGUUCAUACCUUAGUCAGUCACAUGCAUUAGGUAGGGACAGUGCCUUGGAUGUACUUGAUGAGAAAGAAAAGUAAACACAAACAUUGUUGAAGUAUUUUGGUAAAAAAAAGGACAUAAUAGUAACUUUGUAUACUGUUUGUCCUGAAAUACGUCUGAAGUGUGAGUGAUGCUUGCAGAGCUCUCUAGUUACAGUAGCAGUAGGAACACAGCUAUGAAAUGCAAACAAAGCCAGGGGCUGCAUUCUGUAGGCUGUAUUCUGUAAUUAUUCAUUUUAUUUUCGAUUCUCCUUGCUUGUCGUCACUGGCUUGCAUGAAACUAUGCAGGCAUCAAGCAUUCAAUGAAAUGGACGCUAAAAGGAAAAGCAAAAAUAAACAAAUCAAAUUAAAAGAUUUCUUGCAGAAUAUGCUCCAGCACUUCCGCAGCAGUAGUCAUCAGGUAUUUAACUACUUGCAGAAAAGAGAUUUCCAGGUGUUCAUGCUGCACUUACUGUAAUACCUUAAAUCAUUGCCCGUGCCCAAAAUUCGUUGCUCCUUUCUUGCUUCAAAAUACCACUCUCGUAAAAUGCACCCAGAGAUUGCUUAUCCGUGCAAAAUGCACGCCUGCGCAUAUAUGGGUAACUUUAGAGGCUGUACGCAUAACUUGUGUGCCCACUCAAUUAGUCAUGUCCUCAUAAAAACACAGACAUCCUGUAUACAUGCAAACCAAACCGUCAACUGAAUUUGCAAGUGACAUUGUUGCAAUGGCAUUGCUUGAAUAUCUCGAGAGUUUUGAAGCUACUGACACUGAUUUUAUGCAGACAAUUCACUUCAUGCAAUGUGUUUGAUAGGACAACAAAUAAAUUACUGUCCCGAAAAUACUUUUGAAACAUCUCAACUAUUGGUAGUGUUUGGUGUUUAUCCAUAAUCAGUUCAUGAACCUUUCAAGCUGAAGACACGAACACUUCAUCAUCCCUUUAUGGAGCAAAUUGCAGGGUGUUAUCCGGACGGGUAUUGACUCAAGAUAGUAUAAACGUGCCAGUACUCACAAGGCCACCUGUAAGCCAGAACAGUUAGUAGGAAUGGGUGCAAGUCUAUUGUGAUAGCAUAUGAGGUGGUACGGGAAGCAUCAGCCAAUCACAAAAAGUUUUUGCAGACCAAAAACUUUGUGAAUUCUACCCCUGGUCUUUAUAAUAAGGUAAACUAUGUGUGAGUCACUCGGGCAACUACCUAUUACCAUGAGUUGGUGUUCUGAGUGGUUAUUUGAAUUUCAUAACUGCAAAUCAAAAGCAACAAAGCAGGAAUGGAAGUUGUACGAUAAUUAUAGUACAGUGUCCUGCUGGGAAACUUUUCUGAUAAGAAAUCACAUUCACUGCACAUAUUUUGUGUCAUGUGGAAAUGUCAGCAGAGGUUCUAGCAAUUAUCUUCCUAGAUCAAGCCACAGCUUUAGAAGAGCAGCCAUUGAAUAGAAAUUGUGCCUCUGACAAACAAACAAAAAAAGCAGAUUAUUCCUGUGAUUACUGAAAGAAGUGUUCCAAUAUCCUGGCUUGUAUUUUUAAGCAACCCAGACAUGUCAAGUUAGCGAUGUAUCCAUGAACAUUGUGUGAUAUACAAGAAUAUUUUGCCUUGCUGGGCACAACCUUUUUUUAAAUACAACUUGGCAUUGCAAGGAAAAUGCACGGUGUUGUUGUAUCCAAUGUUGUUCACAAUGUUUGUUCUUGGUUAGCAAAUGCAAGUUGAUCAUUAAGCAGUUCAUUGACCAAAUAUAUGCUAGAACAUUUUAUUUUUGCUCUUCUGAGAAAUUAUAUCGCAGAUUUAUCACCUCAACCUAAACAGCAGCAUUGUGCGCAUGCCAUGCUGGCAAGAAUAAUGCCAUUAAGCAUUGACAACCAUAAGGCCUUUAAUGCUGUUUAUUUCACAGCAGAUACCAAUUUAAUGUAAAUUAAAUUACAUGGCAUAGAUGAAGCUCACUAAUGAUUAAAGCCAAUAAAUGAUGUGGAGUAUGUAAAAUAAGAACAUCAUCUGCACAUUGCUGCCGUGUUUUCAAUAUGAAAAAUUAUGUCAUUAAUAUUUUGCAGUUAUUGUUUACCCAGUUUUCAUGUACUGUGCAUCCAGGAGAAAACAAAGAAGCUCAUUAGGUCAACGAUGCACCUACUGCAAAGGCUUGUGCCUUUCAACUUUUGUGGACAACACAAUCCAGAUAUGACAAAUAAUACUUUAUGCGAGACAUAACUUACUGCCGUAAAGCUUGCCCAUGCAGCAUGGGUUUCAGUGCAGUGUACUUCCCGCAUGGAAUAAUGCAGUGGAAUUAUCGAUCAGAAAUAGAAACGUUUGUUGUUAGAAGGUUCUUGCAUAAAUUUCAGUAAGCAUAUGGAGUGGUAGUCAUGACCUGGCAAAGUUAGCAACUGUUCUACUGUUCGACAAGGAAUGCGAUGUCAAAUAAGCAAACUUGAAGAUCUCGUGUUGACUAAAUGAAUCAAAAAGCACAAGAAAGUUAUAUACAGUUUUCAAGUAAGGUUUUAUGGCGCUGUUCAUAAGUACUAUGUUAUGCUACAUUGAGGUAGUGAGGACAUACCGGCUAGUGAAAAACAAGUGUUGUUGUUACGUCAGAGCUGACACAGUUAGCAUGCACGUCCACACAUUUCAUCAUGUAGUGUGAUGUCUUAGACAAAUCAAUUGCGCAUAGUACAAUUAGUACAACUAUAAAUUUGGUUGAAGCUGCAUUUCUUAUGAAUUUGGAUAGCUGUUUUCUUGGUGAAGUCCUCCUUGUGAAAAAGCAGAUUCCUUUCCACUGUUUGUAUUGGCAGUUCCAAGGCAUGAUGUAUGUACACCACCUGUAGUUUCAUUGUGUAAUAAUAAAGGUUGAUGUCCAGUGA